AUGGCCUCAAUCCGAAUUGGCUACGUGCCAGAGCACUACCUCGCUCCUCUCCACCUGGCUCUUCGCUCGCCAGCUGCCUCCUCUCUUCCAUUCAAGAUCACGUUGAUUCCGUUCCCUUCAGGAACGGGGCACAUGAUCACAUCUCUUCGGGAGAAGGAAAUUGAUGUCGCAAUUGGGCUGACCGAGGGUUGGAUUGCUGGAUUGGCUGGUAAGCAGCAGGCUCAGAAGGAUGCUGCCUCGGGGGGUUACAAGGUGGUUGGCCAUUGGGUCGAUACACCGCUGCGGUGGGCGAUUAUUACUGGACGGGAAAGAGAGGAGCUUCACACUGUGGCAGAUCUGAAGGGUAAGAGAGUUGGUGUUAGCCGCCUCGGAAGUGGCUCCCAUAUUAUGUCCUUUGUGCUGGCGCAGAAGCAAGGCUGGAAGCCCGACUCAUUGACACCGGCUGUCCUUGGUCCCUUCCAGGCUUUGCGGAAUGGGGUCACAGGGUACGAUGCCUCGCAUCCCGAUCAGCCCGCGCCCUCGGCUGAGUUCUUCAUGUGGGAACACUUUACCACGAAACCGUACUUCCACGCGGACUCGGCCAAGCCUCACCCGCCACUGAAGAAAAUCGGUGAGAUCUUCACCCCAUGGCCAUCCUGGCUUAUUGUCGCAUCGACCUCAGUCUUCCCUGACCCCGAACAUGACGAGAAACUCCAGCAAUUGUUUCAGGUGCUGGACCAAGGUAUCAAGGACUUCCAAGCCGACCACGAUAAUGUCGUGAGGCUUCUGGGCACAGGAGAAUUGGGAUGCACAUACGUCGAAGGAGAUGCGAAGGAGUGGCUAAAGGAUGUCAGAUUUACCAGCAGCACAAGGGGGGUGGACCGGAAGGUUGUGGACGGGGUUGUGGACGUUCUCAAGGUCGCUGGAGUCAUUGACCCCGGGAUGUCCAACGAUGAAGCCGCCGAGAGGGUGAUUGGCAUUCCCCGGUGA